AUGGCGUCCAAACGGCAUUCGCGGCGGGGACGCCCCUCUCUCGUCAUUCCGACCUGCCACCGGAGAUCACGCUCGAUCCACACCACUCUCCACUGCGCCCAACCCCCGCGCGGUCUAACCCUGCCAGCCCUGCUUCCGCUUCUCCUGCUCCUCCUGCCCCUCGUCGCCGCGUCGCUGUUGCUUCCCGCCGCCGUCGCCGCCACCGCCACCGCAGCAGCGGCAGACGCAUCGAAGCGAACGAGCACCGUGAAGGCUCGGAGACAAUCUCUCGAUAUAAGCACAUCGUCCGGCGUGAGCGCCGACCUCGGUGUAGGAACAGAGCUGGGCGGUGCCGUUUCCCUCCUUCCCGUAAAGCCGUUUUUCGUCGACGGUUCCAGUCGCACAAUCAAGCUGGCGGCAAUGACGGCCGCGACCGGCAAGGCACAUUUUAUCGGGAGCCGGAAAAUCCGCCAGAACAGGCGCGGGCGCAGUGAAGGGUGUAACGACAGGCGCGCGGAAGGGUGCAAUGACGGGCGCGGGGAAGGGUGCAGUGACAGGCGCGGGGAAGGGUGCGGGAGUAGAGGAGCGGGAACAGGGAAGGGGAAGGUAUCGCCGGGAACGGGGACGGGCGGGAAGAAAGGAACGGGGACAGGCGCAGGGAAAGGAACGGGAACGGGCGCGGGGAAAGGAACGGGAAAGGGAAAGGGAGCGGGCGCAGGGUAUGGAACCAGGACGGGCGUGGGGAAAGGUACGGGGACAGGCGCAGGGAAAGGAACGGGAACGGGCGCGGGGAAAGGUACGGGGACGGGCGCGGGAAAAGGAACAGGAACAAGGGCGGGGAAAGGCACAGGAAAGGGAAAGGGAACGGGCGCGGGAAACGGAACCAGGGCGGGAGUGGGGAAAGGAACGGGUUCGGGCGCCGGGAAAGGGACGGGAACGGGCGCGGGGAAAGGUACAGGGGCGGGCGCGGGGAAAGGAACGGGGACGGGCGCGGGGAAAGGGACGGGGACGGGCGCGGGGAAAGGGACGGGAACGGGCGCGGGGAAAGGAACAGGGACGGGCGCGGGGAAAGGAACGGGGACGGGCGCGGGGAAAGGAACGGGGACGGGCGCGGGGAAAGGGACGGGAACGGGUGGGGGAACAGGGACGGGAAGGGGUGGGGGGAAAGGAACUGGGACGGGCGCGGGAAAGGGAACGGGGACGGGCGGGGGGAAAGGGACAGGAACGGGUGGGGGGAACGGUAAGGGGAGCGGCGCAGGCAAGGGGAAUGGGACGGGGAGUGGCGCAGCCAAGGGGGGUGGGACGGGGAGUGGUGCAGGCAAGGGGGGUGGGACGGGGAGUGGCGCAGGCAAGGGGGGUGGGACGGGGAGUGGCGCAGGCAAGGGGGGUGGGACGGGGAGUGGCGCAGGCAAGGGGAAUGGGACGGGGAGUGGCGCAGGCAAGGGGAAUGGGACGGGGAGCGGCGCAGGCAAGGGGAAUGGGACGGGGAGUGGCACAGGCAAGGGGGGUGGGACGGGGAGUGGCGCAGGCAAGGGGGGUGAGACGGGGAGUGGCGCAGGCAAGGGAGGUGGGACGGGGAGUGGCGCAGGCAAGGGGGGUGGGACGGGGAGUGGCGCAGGCAAGGGGGGUGGGACGGGGAGCGGCGCAGGCAAGGGGGGUGGGACGGGGAGCGGCGCAGGCAAGGGGGGUGGGACGGGGAGCGGCGCAGGCAAGGGGGGUGGGACGGGGAGCGGCGCAGGCAAGGGGAAUGGGACGGGGAGCAGUGCAGGCAAGGGGGGUGGGACGGGGAGCGGCGCAGGCAAGGGGGGUGGGACGGGGAGCGGCGCAGGCAAGGGGGGUGGGACGGGGAGCGGCAGAGGCAAGGGGGGUGGGACGGGGAGCGGCGCAGGCAAGGGGGGUGGGACAGGGAGCGGCGCAGGGAAAGGGAAUGGGAGCGGAGGGAGUGGAGGGAGUGGAGGGGGCGGAGGGAGAGGAGGGAGUGGAGGGGGCGGAGGGAGUGGAGGGGGCGGAGGGAGUGGAGGGAAUGGAGGGGGCGGAGGGGGAGGAGGGAGUGGAGGGGGCGGAGGGAGUGGAGGGAGUGGAGGGGGCGGAGGUGGAGCAGCAGGCUCCGGAGGCCAAGCGGCAGGCGGAGUGGCUGGGUCUGGCCUGUCACUGGAGCAGCAAGCUAGGAUUGCUGAAGUGAACAAGGUUUAA